AUGUCAUCAAACUCCAGUCUAACCGAAUCGCUACAUGAGAAAACAAUUGUCUUUGGCCUUAAACUUUGGGUUGUGAUUGGAAUCGCUGUCGGAGCGUCCCUCUUGGGUAUUCUUCUCAUUCUUCUCAUAUGCCUUACCAUUCAAAGUUGUAUCAAGAGGUCACGCAAGCCACUCAAGGACCGUCGAAUGCACCAGAUACCUCCAGCAUACAAAGAUAUCAAGGAAGUGGGGAUGGUGGACCAGUUUCCAGCCAAUGAUUUUGUUGUUCAUGAUGGGCUUCUACUCACUAUUCAAAAUGAGCCUGAGCCUGUUGAAUCAGUUGAUAGAGAUGCAAUUCAGUUGGCUCAGGAGGAAAAGUUGAAACAAAGAGAAGAGAACAAUGUUUCUGGUUCUUUUCCCAUUACGGAUGGCUGUGAGGGAACUCAGAUUGUUUCUGCCGAUGAACAGUCUUCAACGCACGCUACUGUUGACUCUGCACCAUUGGCGGGCUUACCUGAAUUUUCUUAUCUUGGUUGGGGCCAUUGGUUCACCCUCAGAGAUCUAGAGCUUGCAACCAACCGUUUUGCAAAGGAUAAUGUAAUUGGUGAGGGUGGAUAUGGUGUUGUGUAUCGUGGCAGAUUAUCAAAUGGCACACCAGUUGCUGUCAAGAAAAUCCUUAACAAUUUAGGACAGGCUGAGAGAGAAUUCAGAGUGGAAGUUGAGGCAAUUGGCCAUGUCCGCCACAAGAAUUUGGUCCGCCUUUUGGGUUACUGUGUUGAGGGUACUCAAAGGAUGCUUGUGUAUGAGUAUGUGAAUAAUGGAAAUCUUGAAAGUUGGCUCCAUGGGGAAUUGUCCCAGUACAGUUCUCUCACUUGGUUAGCUCGCAUGAAAAUUCUUUUGGGAACUGCAAAGGCCCUUGCUUACUUACAUGAGGCAAUUGAACCAAAAGUUGUGCACCGUGACAUCAAGUCCAGCAAUAUCUUGAUUGACGAUGAGUUUAAUGCCAAAAUAUCAGACUUUGGUUUGGCCAAGAUGCUUGGUGCUGGUAAAAGUCAUAUUGCUACACGAGUUAUGGGUACCUUUGGCUAUGUUGCACCUGAAUAUGCUAACAGUGGACUUCUAAAUGAAAAGAGUGAUGUCUAUAGCUUUGGGGUUGUUCUGUUGGAAGCUAUUACAGGUAGAGAUCCAAUCGACUAUGAGCGCCCUACAAAUGAGGUAAACCUAGUUGACUGGCUUAAAAUGAUGGUUGCCAACAGACGUUCUGAAGAAGUGGUGGACCCAAACCUGGAGAGAAGACCUUCGACAAAGGAGCUGAAACGUGCCCUUUUGACUGCUCUGAGGUGUAUCGAUUUGAAUGCCGAGAAGAGGCCUAGCAUGGACCAGGUGGUCCGGAUGUUGGAUUCUAACGAACCCAUACCUCAAGAGGAAAGGAGACAUCGACAAAACCGAAUCCCUGAGAGUUCAGAAACUGAGCCACUGCGGGGCAAGAAUAACAGUGGCAGGAGUGAUGCCCCCGAGCAUGAAGCGAGGCCACCACGACCUAAGAGUCGAACUUUUUCGUCCAAAUGA